UUGCCAAUCUAAAUGGAGGCUGGCUUGACUUGAUCUUUACAAGUGGAGGCUGGUGUUGUGCAGAAACACCGGACUCCAGUUAAGAGCAGGCGCCUCCUCCCAUUCUCUGUCAUCUUCAAACACCGGAGCUUACCUGUGCUUUGGUCUCCAUCUCGGAAGCACACCACAAUUUGUCAAGAAGGCUUGCAUGCAUCAGUGCCAAGAAUUUGCACUUGGUGGUAGACUACAGAAAAGCAGACACAGUGACCUUUCGGGAGGAUGGAGGUUGGAGCAGAGCACGGCGCUAUGCAGAAGACCCGACGCGAUGACGACGCAUCCACAAAAACACGCCCUUCAUCCUCCUCCAGUCUUAAGAUGUUUCUGGUGGCUCUGUCCUUUGCCUAUUUUGCAAAGGCUCUGUCGGGGAGCUACAUGAAGAGCACGAUAACUCAGUUGGAGAGACGCUUUGACAUUCCCAGUUACCUAAUAGGCAUCAUUGAUGGGAGCUUUGAGAUAGGUAACCUGUUAGUUAUAGCCUUUGUCAGUUACUUUGGUGCCAAACUCCAUCGGCCAAAGAUGAUUGCAAUGGGAUGUGUGCUGAUGUCUAUCGGUACCUUAAUCAUUGCCCUGCCUCACUUCAUCAUUGGACGAUAUGAAUUUGAAUCAUCCGCCAAGUGGGUUGUGAAUUCAAGCCUUACCUUGUCGCCAUGUCUACCCGGCUCAACAGGUGACCCCAGCCAAGAUAGUAAAUUACCUCAAGUGCCAGUGAAAGAAUGUGAAGGAGAUUCCAACCUCUCCAUGUGGAUAUAUGUACUCCUGGGAAAUAUCCUACGAGGGAUUGGAGAGACCCCUGUUCAGCCCCUUGGAAUCUCCUACAUAGAUGACUUUGCUACUGAGGAGAAUGCUGCAUUAUACGUGGGCUGUGUGCAGACCAUCUCUGUGGUGGGGCCUGUCUUUGGCUACUUGUUAGGCUCUUUAUGUGCAAAAAUUUACGUGGACAUUGGAUUUGUAAAACUGGAAACCAUCACAAUAACCCCUGCAGAUUCCCGCUGGGUUGGAGCCUGGUGGUUAGGCUACCUCAUAGCCGGCAUCAUCACUUUACUUUCUGCCAUUCCAUUCUGGUUUCUGCCUCGCUCGCUACCAGUUCCAGGCUGUCACACCCCAGAAAAGCCUGAGCAGGCAAGUUUUAUUAAAGGCUCUGCCUCCAUGAAGCACAAGUAUCCAACGGAAGAGCACACCAGUUUCAUAGAGAUGGCCAAAGAUUUUAUUCCAAGCCUCCGGACCCUGUUGGGUCACCCUGUUUAUCUGAUCUACUUGUGUGUGACAAUCAUCCAGCUCAACUCACUUAUUGGCAUGGUCACCUACAAACCCAAGUACAUCGAACAGCACUUUAGACAAUCCGCCUCAAAGGCCAACUUUCUAAUGGGUGUGAUUAAUAUCCCAGCGGUUGCACUUGGGAUUUUCUCUGGUGGCCUCCUAAUGAAGAAGAUGAAGCUGAACAUUAUAGGAGCAGCCAAAUUUGCUUUUGUAACUUCUUUUCUUGGCUAUGUCCUUUCUCUGUUUUUCUUUGUGAUGAGCUGUGAGAACGCCAAAAUUGCCGGAGUGACUCUUCCGUACAACAGCAUGGAGGACAUAUCUUAUGACAAACACUCUGUUUUCACCACCUGCAACUCCAACUGUUUUUGCUCAGCAAAUAAUUGGGACCCAGUCUGUGGAGAGAAUGGAAUCACUUUUGUUUCUCCCUGUCUUGCUGGCUGCACCAUCUCCACCGGUUCAGGGAAAAACACAGUCUUCUUGAACUGUAGCUGCGUGGGUGUGGCUGGUAAUCUGACAGCCCAUACAGGUCAGUGCCCGGAUAAGGACGACUGCGACAGGAUGUUCCCGUACUUCUUGGCUCUUUCUGUCAUCACGUCCUUCAUCAUUUCCCUGGGAGGAACACCGGGCUACAUGCUCCUCAUCAGGUGCAUCAAACCACAGCUGAAAUCGUUUGCCUUGGGAUUCCAUGCUCUAGCGACACAUACACUUGCCGGAAUCCCGGCACCCAUUUACUUUGGAGCAAUCAUUGACAGCACAUGUUUAAAAUGGGGUCAGAAACGCUGCGGUGGAAGAGGAGCUUGUAAAAUUUACAACACCACAAAAUACAGGAUCGCCUACCUGGGCCUGACUUUGAGCCUACGGACGAUCUCAUUUCUAGUGUGCAUCCCGGGCUUCAUCCUGCUCAGUAGACAGCUGAAGAAGGAGGAACAAGACGCCCUUCGUGGAUCUCGAGCCAGUGGCGGAACAGAACUGGAAGCGCUCAGAAAGGAAGAAUUUGUGAUCUCAAAUUCUGCGACAUUACAAAGAACGUCAGAAAACGGCACAGACCGCGAAACGCGACUGUGAUGCCCUAGAGAGGGAAAAGAUGACCUCUGAGGACCACCAACCUCCUUUUCAUCACAUGCAGAUGAACAAACUUAUCUACAUACACACAUGCGUGCACACACACACACACACACACGCGCACGCACGCACGCACGCACGCACAAACACAAACACUUGCAGGGAAUCUUAUUAAAUCUGAUGACAAUAUUGCUGAAUUCUCAUAUUUGCAGAGAUUUCAUAUAGUACUCAGAAAUUGAAAAGGUCUAUUGGCCAUUACUUUUUUAUGAUACUAAUGUUAGACUAAAUGCUACACACUCAGUUUACACUCAAUUACAACUUUAUCCUGAGAAUAGUUUUCUACUACUUUUUUUUUCUUUUUUUUUUUAAACGUGUAUACACGCUGUACAUGUAUGAGGUCUGAUUAUCUGACAGCACCAGAACUGUACAAUAGAGUUUUAAUAUCCUCCCUCCAUUGCAGUAUGCCUGGCAUGCACAUGUAUGUUUCGGGGGAAAUGCUGCUGGACAGUACAAGAGUUUGAGAGGAGACCGAGAAAAGAGAAUGGAACAAAAAAACAAAACAAUAAAAAUUAAAUGAAUAGAAAAAAUAGACAGCAGUAGUAGCAGUAGCAACAACAAUGGAUUCAAAAUUUCCACCAAGGAUUUGGGUCAAAUUCAAAAUACGAUUUUCAAAGGCCCCAUGCAGUGUCCUUACAAUUGUGAUCACUUUACACAUCAUGAAUAGUGUGGACAAAUAGGACAGAACCUGACCAGAGUGGCAAACCUGCCUUUGUAAAGGCUGUUGGUGUGCUGUAGUAUUGAAAGAAUAGGCAAAUUGAAUGUUUCCUGCCCAAAAAAGUGCCUUGCAGGUUUUACGUACAGUACUGCAUAUGAAGUCUGUGUGUGAUACAAUAUCAUAUCAGAGGCGUGUCUCCUGUAAGAAAGACUGCCACCCCACAAGAUCACUGGGACCCGCCCCCUAAAGUUUAUUGAAACGUUGGCCUUUUCCCUGCAUUUUCACUUUAACCCCAUCAAAACAGAUAUUCUAACAACAAUCUUAAUGGAUUCAUUGUUUUAUCCAUUUUGAGUCCUCAAUUAACCUAACAUGCCUUUUUUAAAUGUGGAAAGUACAAGAAAGAGAACUCUACACAGUAAGAAGAGAUAUUUGAACCUUUAACCUCAGGAUCAUGAGGCAAACAAACUGCCCUAAGUGUAUCCAUAACAUUAAUUCCAGACCGUUUGGUGACUCACUGCACUGCCAGAGCAAAACUCAAAACACUGAUUGGACAGAAUGCUGUCAUAUUAAAUGCCUCAACUGCUUAACGACAACUCUAGCGAGUGCUCUGAUUCGCCGCCUAAGUACAUUAAUACCCUCAAAUCGGCAUAUUUGUAGUGACCAUGGCGAUCACUUACUGCCAUGUAUGGUAGUUUCCAUGGGAUGACCUGUGCCAAACAUUGCCCUCAGCUUUUGAUCAAUUGAUCAACCUUGACAUAGUUUGUAUUGUUAAUAUGUAUUUAGCUCUACCUCGACAUUGUCAGACUUUACACUAGUGACGUUGUUUUGUGAUGUUUUUUUGGCGGGGGUUAUGUGCGUGUGCAUGUGUGUGUGUGCAGAAAGUGAUGCCUAAACUCAACAGACAUAUGUUCUCAGUUGUUUACUAUCUUUCUUUCUUGGGGAAAACUAAAUAUCCUCCUUAUAUACUUAGCAAAGGUAAAUUCAAAAUAUCUACAUAAUAUCCUCAUAAAUGUAGACAAUAUUGUUUUGGAUGACUUUAUCACUACGGAGGAUACAUGCUGUAUAACCUAAUGGGAGGUUUGACUGAAUUGUGACGACUCUUUUGAAUUUAGCUGUGUCAGGCACAAGUAUUAAAUACCGACAGAAGAGCAGCAAUGAAGUUUUAUCAGAAAAAGAAUAACUUGGAUUAUAAAAAUCAGAAUGUAUUUCAUUUUUAUUAUGUAUUAUUGUUGUAAAAAUGCCAUGAAAAAAUACCUUGCAAGUAAUAAAACUUUGAAUACCCAAUCUAAAAAAAAAAGUGUUUUGUGUAAAACAUUGUCCAUCUUCCUGACAGUGAUGAACAUGUUGAUUUACAUGCAUGUGACAUAGCCAGCAAAAGUGAGCAAAGUGUGCAUACAGCAUAGCCUAUCGCCCAUACAUUAGGUGCAACAUUGUUGAAUUUGGAAAACAAAAAUACAAUUUCAUACAGUAAAAUUCAUAUUCUUGUCACCUAACACACCAUUAAAAAGCGUUACCUCACACGUUUUUUUUUUGCAAAUGACACAUUCAAAUUAAGACAUGGCCAAAACAAAGGAAAAAGCUUUACUAAGACAUAAUGACCUGACAGUGCAUGUGUG